UAGGCAGCAUUUCCGUAUGACCUCAUCAUUCGUUUAGUUCUGGACUUGUUGCUGGUAAAGUAUUAGAAGUAGUUACAGAGGAAAGUCUUGAGAAGUCGGCGAGUUGAGCUGCAGUGGAGAAAUGUCCAGUGAGCCUCAGCCACCGGGCUCCAGACAGGCGUAUGACGACAUUGAAGAGAACGGUUACCCGAGUGACCAGCAGUCCCUGAGGUUACAACGGGUUUCAUCUCGAGUGUCCAAUCAAAACUAUCCUCAGCACGACUGGAGCUCGACCCCUGCAGAGGAGGAUGACGGGGGCAGCAGUGGACCUCCUCGGGACCUCAAGGCCAUCCCGCUGCCCAUGUCCCUGAAGAGAGCUGUGAGGCAGGUGCAGCAGAUGCAGGUGCCUGUGGUUUCCAGCAGGCAGUCCUGGAGACGGAAAAGAAACAAAUCUCUGCAGAAACUAAAACAGAACGCCAGAGGAUUGCUCGACUUUUUUACACUGUGGAGAAAGUCUUUGCAAAAGAUUGGAGGGAACUUCGGAGGUGGCGUCCAGUCUUACUUCCUGUUCCUGCGGUUCUUGGUGGUGCUCAAUUUUGUUUCCUUUUUACUGAUUGCUGGGUUCGUCCUCAUCCCCAGCAUUGUCUUCAGAUCUGUUGGGACCAGCCUUGUUAACAGCACUGGUGCAGAUAAGUGCAUGGUUUAUGACCCCAAUCCUCAAGGCUUGGUCGUGUUCUAUAAUUACUUCCUGCACUUACUUUCGGGAACGGGUUUCAUGGAGUAUUCAUACCUGUUUUACGGCUACUACAACAACACAAAGGUGGAGGACAGCGACUUCUCCUACAACAUCCCCCUGGCCUACCUCUUCACUGCCGUCUUCUACUUUUUCUUUUGUCUCAUUUGUCUCAUUGCACGGAUGGGGACUGCAGCUCGAGUUGCCGUGGCAACGGGAGGCAGCGCUGUGGGCAACUACAGCAUUAUAGUGUUCACCGGCUGGGACUACGGUUGCCAGGGAGAUCGAGCUACCAAACUGAAGCAGAAGAACGUCCACUACCGGCUGCAGGUGGAUCUGGAAGAGGAGAUAAGAAAGAAGAAGACAGCCGCUCUAACUUUGUGUCAAAAAAUAGUUUUAUACUCUCUACGUGUUAUUAUGUUUUUUGUUUCAUCUGGGCUCAUCGCAGCAGCUUUCUACGGCAUCUUCAUGGCCACCAACUUCAGCCAGAGUAAGAGUGGUGAGGAAGGGAUCUUGGGUCUGAUUUUAGAGUACCUGCCUUCCAUUGCCAUCACCAUUGGAAACUUCGUGGUGCCGCUGCUGUGUGACCAGUUCGCCCUGAUUGAGCGAUACACCCCCAGCACCACUGUCAUCGUGGCGCUCUUAAGGGCAGUGUUCCUCCGUCUCAUGAGUCUGGCUAUCCUUCUCUUCACCCUGUGGCGUCAGAUCACCUGUGAAGGGAACUCAGAGGGUGAACGCUGUAAACUGUGCCAAUACAACUAUGAAGACUACCCGUGCUGGGAAACGCGUAUGGGGCAGGAGAUGUACAAACUCACGCUGUUCGACUUCAUCAUCAACAUCGCCGUGCUCGUCCUGGUGGAGUUUCCACGCAGGAUGGUGGUGGACAACUGGCCCAGUAAGCUGGCUCAGUGGGUGGGUCGACAGGAGUUUGUCGUUUCCGCCAACGUGCUUGGACUGGUUUAUGGUCAGACUGUCGUUUGGACCGGAGCUCUUUUUUGCCCUCUGCUGCCGCUCAUCAACACCAUCAAUUUCAUCCUCCUCUUCUACUUCAAGAAGAUCACACUCUUCUCUAAUUGUCGGCCAGCACUGAAGACGUUUCGCUCCACCACCUCCACCUUCUUUUUCCUGGUGGUGCUCCUGUUUGGCUGGGGCUUGGCCACAGUUGUCAUGGUUUACAGUCUUGCUGAGAUCCGUCCUUCUAUGGGUUGUGGCCCUUUCCGUUUCUUCCCCAACAUGUGGUCGAUUGUUCCGACAUCUUUCGAAAGCCUCUCUAAAAUUCCACAGGACUUUCUCUUCUUCAUCGGUUCCCAGUCGUUCUCCAUCCCCCUGUUUGUGUUAUUUUGUGUGGUGAUGUGGUAUUUCAUAGCCUUGGCAUCUGUUUAUGGGAAAACCGUUGCCCUGCUAAGAGCGCAGCUUAAACUGGAGGGCCGCGACAAGCAGUUCUUGGUGAAGCAGAUUGAGAAUCUGAGUCGAAUUCAGAUACUAAAACACACUGCAGCAGCACAUGAGUGACAGCACAAGGACCAUGUUUCGGUUGUACGACCUUCUAAACAUUAUACAAUUUGAUCAGGUUGUAUGCUCCCUAUAUGUAUAAAGGCAGUGUCAUUGUUAGGUUUUAGAGCAUGUGUUUUCAAUUUGUAUUAAAGAAUGUAAGCCCUAUGAAUUAUUGUUUACUCCACAGGGUUGUAAUUAUUAGAAGAAGAUUAAUAAUUACAAUCAUAUUAUUGCUGUGUUGUUUAUUCUAUACCGGUCACCCUGAGAGCAAAAGGUUCCAGGGUCACAUCUGGUUGAUGAGCAGAGACAGGAACAAGGGUUUGUUUCAUGUCUCCCCACAUACCUCACCCACACCUCCAUCACACACUCAGAGUCAUAAAACUCAUUCUGAUAAGAGACCUCAUCCUGUUUUGUAUAACCACUCCACUUGCUUCAAUCAAAGGACUGUCGGGGGAGAAUUGAGCCAGAGUGUUUUGGAGACGUGCAGGGGCACAGCUCAACUCUCUCCUUGGCAAGCAAGUAAAACUAUGUCAUCUGUGGUCAUUGGAGUGGGUCUGAUAAUUGAACUAGCGGGGCUUUAUCUUUAAGGUAAAAACCCCACAGUCAUAUAAUGCUGGAUGGGGUUUAGAAGAUAAUCCUGCAACAAUAUAAAAAACAUGUAAAGAUGUGGUUCUAGACAGAUCAGACAUAAAUCAGUUUUCUAGGAACAUGUGAACUAAUUGUUAACCAAUAAAUGGUAAAUUAUUAAAUUA